UAGAAAAUGCCAGUGUAGACACCCAAGCCGAUUCUCCUAAACUCGCAUCACUAAUUAAAGAAGUUAAAGUAGUCAGUCCAAGGUUUCUGAUUCUCACAACGUAGGAUGAUCAACAAGCUGCUACUUCAUCACACAUUUGCAGAAGUGCAACAACACUAGCAGACUUGUACGCACAUCUCGAAGACCUUUCACUCGUGACACAUCGUGACUCGCCCCACUCAUUCAGAGAUUAAUCCUUGAGAGCUUUCCCAAGCAGUUAAACCCACAGCGAAGUCUUAAGAAUGCAAACUAUGACCAAGAAUAAGGAAAUUUAAGUUUCGGAGCACCCUAAACCUAGCACUUGAGCACGAAUAAGCCCGAGCCUACUCACAGUGUAACGUAAAAAACGCACAAAUACUUGAAAGCUAGCCCUAAUCCUUCUCACAACCUAGAUUGGGUCGAUUUUGCCCGUAAAUAUGACUCAGUACAGUCUCGGUAUCCAGGGUCCAGCAUCAAAUUCUGCUUUAGACUUGGAAUUGCGACCAAGUUUUUUACUCUGAAUUUUUACAACACUGAGAGGCUGGAAAGAACAACACCACUGCAUGUUUCUUUAAGAAUUUCGCUUGGAGUUCGUGACGAUGAGUUCUCGUGAGGUAUUCUAAUGUGAGUGAAGCCCUGCGACUCGUGCUCUGUUCCUGCGUGGCGGCUGUAAUUAAUGCUCGACAUUGUUGAGAGAGUUGGCAUUCAAGCGUUUAUAAGCGUGUAUCGUGUGUGAAUCUUGAAGGGGAGGUGUAAUUUCGGUGGCGUAUGGAUGGCUGAGAGAAGACAGUGUGAGUUCCCUGAUGCGUCAAAUUGGUCCAGUUCUUGCAGGUCACUGAAGUUUCAUUGAGACAUUUCACGCGAAUGCAGAAGCGACGCUUCUGCUUGAAAACACUUUGUGCAUGAGGACUUCUUGGUUGGCUUGCCUGAGGUUUUGUGGUGGGACGGAAGCUUGCAGUUGGUCCUUCCCGUAAGGGAGCUUCAAACAAGUCAUAAGUAUGGCAUAUAGGCGUCCUUUUCCGGACUUGGAAAUGCCCACAAGUUUGUUGGGCACUAGUUCGCAGGCCACGAGUUCGCAGGCCAGAAGAUCGCUAGUCGACCUUGGGGAUAGCGAUGAUGAAGGCGACACUCAAGUAGACGAGAAUGCGGACAAAUUUUUAUUGGGUGUCGUGGAGGUCAAUGUAGUUGGUUUGCAGUAUUACAGCGGUAGGGUUUCGGAUCGAGAGAUGGUGCGCCUGAUUCGAGAGCCGAGCAAUCCUUAUGACGGGAAUGCUAUUCAAGUAGUGAACAUUCUUGGUGAUCAAAUUGGUCACAUUGAGAGGUAUAAAGCAUGUCAUCUGGCUCCUCUUGUGGAUCAGGCACUCGCUUUAAUUGAGGGAAUUGUGCCACAUGGGAGCAAAAACAAGUUCAAGAUGCCAUGUUUGGUGCAUAUCUUUUGCAAUUCGGUAGCUGAGAAUAUUGUGAAGCAGCGCUUGCGGGUUGCAGGCGUGAUAUUGCAACCCCCGAAGACAGAGCUGGAGGGUUCAGAAUUGCAAGAAUAUGCGAGCAACGUUAAGAAACCCAGAAAGGAGCAGAAGAAAUGUCUUGACGACAUAUUCGACGAACUGGUGGAGGGAGCAGGUGAUCGUUGUAUCAUGGACCCGUCUCCCGCGAUCACUUCCACCAUGUUUUCUCAUCAGAAAGAAGCGCUUGCGUGGAUGGUGCGUACUGAAAAUUCGGCCAGUUUGCCGCCGUUCUGGGUCACCCAAAAAGUCCGGGGUAGUAAAGAUCUCAUGUACAAGAACAUUAUCACUAAUUAUCUUACCGAUAAGCGCCCAAUCCCCUUGCGUGGUGGGCUUUUAGCUGAUGACAUGGGGCUUGGGAAGACGCUGUCACUUCUGGCUCUAGUUGCCACGAAUCGACCGGGAGCUACACUGUCACCCAUUGUGAAGGUAAACCCAACCGUUUCAGAUGCAUCGGAAUCUAGGCCUAAAAAGAAACGAAAAGUUGCGGCGGCUGAUGAAGUCGGGUUUGAAUUAGGAGUCACCGAUUACCCCCCUCCAGUAAGCGGACCCAGAACCACCCUUAUUGUCUGUCCCUUGUCGGUGUUAUCGAAUUGGGUAACGCAACUGGAAGAACAUACAAUGCUCGGGAGCUUGAGUGUGUGUUUGUAUCAUGGUGCCGAUCGAAUUCGAGACCCAGUAGUUCUUGGUCAGUUCGACAUUGUUCUGACUACUUACAACAUCUUGGCCACAGAAGGGUGCUCUGAAUUUUCACCUUUACAGAAGGUGAAUUGGUUGCGCAUCAUCUUGGACGAAUCUCACCUCAUAAAGAGCCCAAGUGCUCAGCAGACCAAGGCUGUUGUGGCUCUCAAGGCUGAAAGAAGAUGGGCUGUAACAGGCACACCAAUCCAGAAUACAGCUCGGGACUUGUUCAGUCUCAUGCAGUUCCUUCAGUUGGAGCCACUUAAUGACAGCUCGUACUGGAGGCGAACCUUAGAGCGACCGUUGACGAAUGGUGAUCCAAGUGGAUUGACUCGAUUACAGGCGCUCAUUAAGGCAAUUGCAUUAAGGAGGACAAAGAACAUGCAAGUGGAUGGACGGAGGCUAGUAGAACUCCCUAGCAAGACGAUUUCCUUACACUCUGUGGAGCUGACUCCAGAAGAUAGGGAACUGUAUGACAAAGUUGAGGAGAAUGGCAAAGAAGUUAUUGAGCGUUUCAUGGAAAGUGGUACUGUUUUGCAAAAUUAUGCUACGGUAUUGCAAAUUAUUUUGCGACUGAGGCAGAUUUGCAACCACUCAGCCCUUUGUCCAGCUUAUACUGAGAUGUUUGCUGCUGAACUCAAUCAAAAAGAUCCGAAAAAUGUACCACCACCAGAACUCCUAGACAAGCUUCUGAAUAUCAUAAAGGGUGGGGCGGACUUCGAUUGUGCAAUCUGCCUGAAUCAACCAACAAAUGCCGUGAUCACUCCUUGUGCGCAUGUUUAUUGCCAGAGAUGUAUUGAGAAAUCAUUACUUCGCAACAAAGAGCAAUGCCCAAUGUGUCGCUCUAACCUCUCGGCUUCAGAUCUCAUGGCUGCCCCCAAGGAGGAGGGUGCUGAGAGAGGCCAAGCUGUUGAACAAAAUUCAACAAAAUCUAGUGCAAAAGUAGAUGCUCUUAUUAACUUAUUAGUUGCUGCGAGGGAGAAGGACCCUACUGAAAAGUCGGUAGUCUUUUCUCAAUUUUCUCAAAUGCUGAAUUGCUUGGAGGGCCCUUUGGCGGAUGUAGGAUUCCGCUUUGUGAGGCUGGAUGGGUCAAUGACAUCUAAGAAGCGACAGGCAGCAUUGACGGCGUUUCGUUCCAAGGACCCCGACAGCCCUACAAUCUUCUUACUCAGUUUGAAAGCUGCUGGAGUGGGUCUCAAUUUGGUUGCAGCGUCUCGUGUGUACAUGGUGGAUCCAUGGUGGAACCCUGCGGUUGAAGAGCAAGCUAUGGAUCGUGUUCACAGGUUGGGUCAAACCAGGGACGUAACGGUAGUGAGGCUCAUAGUUACUGACACCAUUGAAGAUCGAAUACUGGAGCUACAAGAGCGCAAGCGUGAGCUGGCCACUAGUGCAUUUGAGAAGCGCUCUGCAGAGCAACGUCGUCUUCUUCGUAUACAAGACGUCCAGCUCCUCAUGCGGCUGUAAGGCUUCCAAAUACUAUGGCUGGGACUGGAGUCCAGUCAUCUGUGAAGGUUUAUUUUUUUAUUUGCAUAAGCCUUUCAAGCGAUUUAACAUGUGGAUACAUCAUGAAGGGUUUAGAGUAUUUCCUACACGACUUAUCACAAGUUGAAUAUAUCUGUAGACUCGAUUUGCUUAGGAUAACUAACGCAUGUAGCAGCGAAAGUUUCGUCUCAUUGUUGCUCUCGAGGUUCAUCUCUGCCUCAUGUUGGCCUUUUGGAUCUAAUUUGUUCAUAUAGAAUUAGAGCUAACCAGUGACCACAUUUUGGCAAACUGGGUUGAGUAGACGAGCAGAGAUAUCUGUCUACAAAUUUUUCAAUGUGAACAAAGCUGGCCGUUUGUAGAUACA